GCCGUCAUCGCGGCUAUAAGCGCGCGGCCCCCGGCCCGGCCCGCCCCGACCCGCGCCGCACCAUGCAGCCCCCCAGCCUCCUGCUGCUGCUCGCGCUCGGCCUGCUGGCCGCGCCCGCCGCCGCCGUGCUCAGAAUCCCCCUGCACAAGUUCAAGUCCAUCCGCCGGACCUUGUCGGAGGUCGCGGGGCCGGUGGAGAACCUGCUGGCCAAGGGGCCCCUGUCCAAGUACACGCUGGAGGGCCCCGCCGUGAGCGGCAGCCCGGUGCCCGAGAUGCUCCGGAACUACAUGGACGCCCAGUACUACGGCGAGAUCGGCAUCGGGACGCCCCCGCAGUGCUUCACGGUCGUGUUCGACACGGGCUCCUCCAACCUGUGGGUGCCCUCGGUCAAGUGCCAGCUGCUGGACAUCGCCUGCUGGCUGCAUCAUAAGUACAACAGCGCCAAGUCGAGCACAUACGUGAAGAACGGCACCACCUUCGACAUCCACUACGGCUCCGGCAGCCUGUCGGGCUACCUCAGUCAGGACACCGUGUCGGUGCCCUGCAACUCUGGCAUCCAAGUGGCGCGGCAGCUGUUCGGGGAGGCCACCAAGCAGCCCGGCGUCACCUUCAUCGCGGCCAAGUUCGACGGCAUCCUGGGCAUGGCCUACCCGCGCAUCUCCGUCAACAACGUGCCGCCCGUCUUCGACAACCUCAUGCAGCAGAAGCUGGUGGACAAGAACAUCUUCUCCUUCUACCUGAACAGGGACCCCACGGCGCAGCCUGGAGGGGAGCUGAUGCUGGGGGGCAUCGACUCCAAGUACUUCAAGGGCAGCAUGACCUACCACAACGUCACCCGCCAGGCCUACUGGCAGGUGCACAUGGACCGGAUUGACGUGGGCAACGGCCUGACCCUGUGCAAGGGAGGCUGUGAGGCCAUCGUGGACACAGGCACAUCCCUGCUGGUGGGCCCCGUGGACGAGGUCAAGGAACUGCAGAAGGCCAUCGGGGCGGUGCCCCUCAUCCAGGGGGAGUACAUCAUCCCCUGUGAGAAGCUGCCGGACCUGCCACCCGUCUCUCUGACACUGGGCGGCAAAGAGUACACCCUGUCCUCCCAUGACUACACGCUGCAGGUGUCCCAGGGCGGGAAGACCAUCUGCCUGAGCGGCUUCAUGGGCAUGGACAUCCCGCCGCCCGCCGGGCCCCUCUGGAUCCUGGGCGACGUCUUCAUCGGCCGCUACUACACCGUCUUCGACCGGGAGCAGAACCGCGUGGGCCUGGCGGAGGCCGUGAGGCUGUAGGGCCCGCGGCGCCCACACUCACACAGACACACUCGGCCGGCACCCCUGUUGGAGGGCCCGGCCCUAGAGCAGCAGAGACCGGCGCGCCCGCUGGUCACUUACUGGUCACCAUCCCUGCGCCCAGCACGGCCCCGCGGCCGCCCCACCCCUGCACCUUGUCCCCUCUGAUCUGGCCAUUGGACCCCUUCUCGACCAGCCCCCUGUGUCCAGCCGUGCAGGCCAGGGGCGGGGCAGCUCAGGCCCUGGGUCACCUACGGGGUGGUGGGGGGUCCCCCCUCUC